ACGUCAUAUUUCAUAACUUGUAAAUAUAUAUAAAGAAAUUAAUUAAAAUACGAUUUAUUUGGUCGACUUGUGAUGUGUUCUAAUAAUUUCUAUAAUUCCCCCCAAUCAAUUCCGAACCUAUGAAUCAGUGACAAAGUGUUAAAAACCUUUUAAACUAUUCAACUGUGACAGUCUUCCAAGACUGAUCUAAUUCUGCUGCUGUUACAUAUUUAUAUAAAAUAUUUUUUCAAAAAUGCCCCUGUUUGGAAAAUCGCAAAAGAGCCCGGCAGAAUUGGUAAAAGCUUUAAAAGAAGCGGUCAAUUCGCUGGAACGGGGCGACAAGAAGGCAGAAAAGGCUCAGGAUGAUGUUAGCAAAAAUUUGGUGCUUAUUAAAAAUAUGUUGUACGGAACAUCAGAUGCGGAACCGCAAACAGAUAUAAUUGUUGCACAAUUAGCUCAGGAAUUGUAUAACAGCAAUUUAUUGCUCUUGUUAAUUCAGAAUCUAAGCCGAAUUGACUUCGAAGGCAAAAAGGAUGUUGCUCAGGUUUUUAAUAAUGUCUUACGCAGACAAAUUGGUACAAGAUCACCCACAGUGGAAUACAUUUGUACCAAACCAGAGAUUUUAUUCACAUUGAUGACCGGAUAUGAGCACCAAGAAAUCGCCUUGAAUUGUGGAACAAUGUUAAGAGAGUGUGCAAGAUACGAAGCGCUUGCCAAAAUAAUGCUCCAUUCUGAAGAUUUCUUCAACUUCUUUCGAUAUGUUGAGGUUUCAACUUUUGAUAUUGCAUCUGAUGCAUUUUCCACAUUUAAAGAGCUUUUAACACGUCACAAAAUGCUGUGUGCCGAAUUUCUUGAAACAAAUUAUGAUAAAGUAUUUAAUCAUUAUCAAAGAUUAUUAAAUUCUGAAAAUUAUGUCACCAGGCGUCAAAGUUUAAAGCUAUUGGGUGAGCUGCUUUUGGAUAGGCAUAAUUUCACAGUUAUGACAAGAUAUAUAUCUAAUCCUGAUAAUUUGAAAUUAAUGAUGAAUAUGCUGAAGGAGAAAUCAAGGAAUAUUCAGUUUGAAGCUUUUCAUGUGUUUAAGGUGUUUGUAGCGAAUCCAAAUAAGCCAAAACCAAUCCUGGACAUACUUUUAAGGAAUCAAGACAAGCUCGUUGAUUUCCUAACAAAGUUCCACACAGACAGAUCCGAGGAUGAACAAUUCAACGACGAAAAAGCCUAUUUAAUAAAACAAAUUAAGGAACUGAAACCAGUUGCGGAGACACAAUAGCAAUCAUCGAUAAAAGGAUCGUUAUCAUUCGAUCUAAACGAGGAUUGAAAUUUGCAUUACUCUUUUCUAAAGAUAAUCAAAGUAUUUUUUGAGUUUUUAAAAUACUUCUAGUAAUGCCAAUAAUAAAUUAAA